AAAAUAAACAAUAAUGAACAAGAGUCUGCGUCUAGACCUGCAGAAAGAGAGACGAAAAAAAGCAGAAAAACACAAAAAAAGGGACACAACAACAACACAACAAGAUCCAGUUAUCACUGCGUCAACUUGAUGAAGAAAUAUAUAAUCAACCUAGUUUAACUGAACAAUCACUCGAUAAUAAAUCACAGUGCAUUAAGUGCCCACCAUAGCCUUAAGACUUGUGUUUAACGUGCCCAAGUCCAUACUUAUGUGAGCACCAUGUGAGCACCUGUGUGUGUACACGCACUUGUUUAUGUAAGGUUUCUCCAUAGAAGUGUCCAAUAGAGAGGGUGAGGGGCCACAGAUCUGCCCCCCAAAGAUGUGCAGGAGACGGAGGGAGCUCCAAGUCCCAGAGAUCCAGGAGCUGCCCGAGAGCACAGGAACUCCAGGGAGACUGCGACCAGAAAAGCCCCCGCCCCCCUCGAGAGGCGCAGAGGAUCGCCCCAGGGGGGCCACAACCAGCAGUCGGCAGAGUCCCGGUAGAUAUCGGCGGCAAGCCCACAGGCUCUCCCGCAGCCUCCCACCCCCUAGCCGGCUGAGCCCGGGACCCAAUGACCCGGGACCCAGGGGCGACCACCCCCGCUGGGGACCCAGCAGAGCCGAGGGACCCAGACCCCACAAGACAGCCACCGGGAUUGGUCAGGCAGAUGCCCAAAAUCUUAAACUCCCUGACCCGGGAGCCACGGCCCAGGCAGACCAAGGCACCUGUGUGGGGGUGGCCGGCCCUGUGGGGGGAUCUGGGUGAGGAGUGAGCACCACCUCACCCCUGCCACGUGGAUCUCAAGGGAUAAACCAUCAAUCCUGCUCAGUGGUACACUUUCCUGGCAGGGUCACCUAUAAAGACAGUGGGAGGGUUAAAUUAAUUUUGGAAUUAGACAAACACAAGAAAAUGAGGGAUACUUUCUGCAUUAACUCUGUAAACGCAUUUGUAUUUACCACAGAUCCAAACAAACCUGGAAGUUGAAGUUGAGUUGGUUCCUUCCCAGGUGAGUUUGGUAUUAUUCCCUCUGUUCCCUAGUUUACUCAGUCUGUCAUUUUGGUGACCCUCAGCUCCCUUAGUUAACUAGCUCACCUGCCUGGAAUCAGAUCCUGCACACCUGGUCCUUGUUCCUUCCUCCACGCCUCAGGUGCAUUUAGGCUGCUUUACUGUCGUUUACUCUUGGUGUUCGUGCUCUGGGUGUUACCAUCAGGACAAAAUCUGCAUUUUCCGAGGACAUGACUGUGACAAGUUCUGUUACUUUCCAGGUUGACUUCUGUUGAUUUGUGAUUUUCUUGCUCUUGCAAGUUCCCACGUUCCCUUGUCUUACUUGGUAAAACUUGGCUGUGCACAGGUGCGCACGGGGGAGCUUUGGCCCUACAUUUGGGUGAAUCUGAUCACAAAAGUUAAUCACGACAGCUCCUGCAUGAUGUUGUGGCUUCACACACAUUUCUGCAGCUUCAGUUGAAAACGUUGGAUUGACUAUGAUUGUUGGAGCCACAAGCUAGCUUUUAAAGUCGGUCACGGACUUCCGCCCCCUCCCGUCGGCUAGCGUGCCUCAGCUACGUCCAUGGACGUGAUUUCAGGAGAAGAACAAAAAGACAUGAAGACAAAUGAACAAGUUGUGACACACACACACACACACACACACACACACACACACACAUACACUUGGUUAAAGAGGGUCAGAAAGGAUUCAGUCGGGGCUCUAGAGAUAAUCAAAGCCUUUGAACUCAUCGUCUGUCUCCCGUCUUCCUCCUUCUGCCAGACGGCUGACUCAUGCCUUCUCCAAACCAUCCCAACUUUAUUUAUAAAGCACAUUUAAAAACGGCAUGGCAGCCGACCAAAGUGCUGUACAGAAUAAAAAGUAAAAACACAAUAUAAAACAAUACACGGUCAAUAAAGACACAUAGUAAAAUAAUAAAAGUCAGGGAUUUAAAAAUGCCUGGUCGUAAAAGUGAGCCUUAAGUAGCGACAUGAACCGGAGGAGGGAUGGUGCUAGCCUCACUGAAAGAGGAAGAGCAUUCCAGAGUGUCGGAGCAGCGUAGACAAAAGCACGCCGCCCCCGCGUUUUGUAUUUCAUUGUUGGAACACGAAGCAGCAGGCAAUCAGCAGACCUCAACGCCCGGUUUUUCACAUAACGAGUCACAAGAUCCGACAGGUAAUCCGGUGUCGGUACAAGAUCGGCUCGGGGUCCUUCGACUGCCGAUGACGUCAAAGUACGGCAAACCCACUCAGACAAAAUACAGUACACAUCUAUGCUGUUGGCAAGAAUUUAGCAGUUUCGUUAUUAAAAUAAUGUUCUAUUAGACUCCAAAUGUAAUCAUUUGGCAAGUUUCUAAUUCAUAAUUUGUAAGAAUGUAAUCGGUGAUAUUAGCUUUAGCAUUCCUAUGGGUUUUUCCACGUAUAUUAGCAUUGCGCUAACCACUCGCUGUCAAAUUGCAGCCUUUGCGAUUAGAAAAUCUCCUUUUGUCACAUCGCAAUUUAAUUGCACAUGCAGUUAAUCGUUCAGCCCUAAUAUACAUGCAGCUCUGUGCUAAAAGUGUAUUUUCAAAGAGGUAAUGAUGGAUUUCUUUGUAAAAGUUGUCCAUCUUUCCAACAGAAAAAUUUGCCUGGACCAACGUAACAUGAUUACGUAAUUCCGUAAGGUUCAUGUUCAGCCAAUCAACUACUUUGACGUCAUCGGCAGUCGACGGACCCUGAGCCGAUCUUGUACCGACACCGGAGCCAGACCGUUCAGGACCUUAAAAACAAAAGUCAGGAUUUUAAACUUGACUCUGAAGUUCACGGGUAGCCAGUGGAGCUGCGCCAGUACAGGUGUGAUAUGGUCUCUUCUAGGGAUGUUUGUUAAAAACCUGGCUGCCACAUUUUAUACGACCUGAAGCCUAAGAGCGGAGGCAGGUAAACCAAUUAAAAUGGAAUUUGCGUAAUCCCAUCGGGAGAUGAUAAAAGCAUGAAGCACCAGGUGUGCUUGUUUCAGGAUCGGUUUUAAGCUAACUAGUCUGCGCAGCUGAUAAAAACACGAUCUGACCACUGCGUUAAUCUGAGGGCCCAUGGAAAAGUGUGUAUCCAGUUUCACCCCCAGGUUGGUAACACACUGCUUGAGGUCAUACGGGAGAGUGUCCAAAUCAGAAGAUAAGUGUGUGGUUUUGUUAGGGGUCAUCAGGAGUGCCUCCGACUUAGAAUCAUUCAGCUUCAGGAAAUUGUUGGCAAGCCAAACCCUCACUUCAGCCAAACAUCGGUCCAGAAGAGAGAGGGAGCCUGGUUUGUUCAAAGCCAGGUAGAUCUGGCAAUCAUCUGCCUUCUCCUCCUCUGUCUUUGUCCCUUUUUUAUAUAAAUCCGUUCUGCUGUCCUUUAUUCUCGUCGCCUCCUUGUAUUCUUACACAAGCAUGACUCUGGAUAUUGGAUAAUACAGCCACAUCUACUCUCUGACCUCUGCGUGGGUGGGGUGUACGCGCACAUACGCAAUCUGACAGUUGGUGUAUGUGCUGAUUUAUUUCAAGUGGGUGUGCUGUCAUGUGGGUUUCUCGGUGCAUGAAGGAACACGGUAAUUGCCUCGUUUUUCUGCAGCUAUAAAGUUGACUAAGCCUCUUAAUGAGGACGUCGGCUGCUGUGACCCGACCAGGGAUCCAGAUUUCUGUGGGUAAAUUUUGAGCAGUAAACACGAGACUUCUGCAGCGAGGUUGCUCGUAUCUUGGAAGAUGAAGGGUUGCUUGGUCACCCUGGCGGAUUCUGCUUCUCUCUGUGGGCGUUGGAAACAUGCUGCGUCAUAGCUGGCAGGAUUACGUUUAUUAGAUACAGUCAGUUUACCGUUUAUCAGCCAAAUGGCUAAAUCUCACCCCUCACCUCCUAAUGAAAACAACAAAUGACCAGCUGGAUCGAGCAUCCACAAUAAAAAAGAGACAUCUGGAUUUAAAGUAAACAACUGGUUUGCCAGAGGGCACAGGAGCUGUAACGUUGGACAACUUUCACUCGAAAGAUUAAUUAAUUUUGGGCAACAUGCGUCUCUGUGUUAUGUAGACUAUCUAUCCCAUAAUGCCCCUAAACAAUGUGCCUCUGUAACCAUAGUAACACUAUGGCCGAGACCCCGAGAAGGCUACACCCCCGAGUAGUACCGUGGAGAUGGGAGUGGGUGGAGCCACAACCGCAGCUAAAUCAACCUACUAGCAGUGAAAGAAAAAAUUCACUUCCUGGAAAUCCGAGCAGUUUUCCCUGUAAAAAAGGAGCGAGGUGCCUGAAAUCUGAUGGUGCAGUGCAAUCUUUGUCUCCCAGCUAACAACCGACUAGCUGAGUCCAAAGGCUCAACAUCUAAUCUGAAGAAUUGUUUUAUUUUCCCAGUCAGUUCAUACUGUUUAGCAUAAACAUGUCCUUUGCUUUCUCAAGGGAGUAGCUACCAACGCACAUUGUGAUAUUUAAUAGACUUAAAUGCUGAUUUUGAGGGGAAGCAUUCCAAGUAUUUAGAAUACAGUACCAGGAUUACGCAAAGUAAUGGAAUAUGUUACAAAAUACAUUUUAAAGCAGGUAUUCAGUAUUCUGUAACUAAAUACAUUUACAAAGUAUUCUCCCCAACACUGUCCAUAAUACAGCACAUACGGUACGACACGUAUCACGAUGCGGGGGAACCAUUAUUAUAUUGUGAUGCUAAGUCAGGCGAUGUUUGCUAAAGCGACACUACUCAGCAUUUUCCUGAGAUUUGGUUGUUUCAUCAGACUGAUGGUGGUAAAAAAAAAGUGCUGCCACCUAGCAGUCGGCGUUUGAACUGCACCUCUAAAAGAGUGAAUGUCCGAAUGUAAACGCAGAUAUGCUGCCUUUAAAAUCAAUUCAGUAUCGUAACACAAAAUAUUAGGAUGUUUCUGAGUAAACAUGUUUUCUUACAUGGUUUAAAUUAAGGAAUUCAAAACAAAUGGUUUUAAUUUUUAAUUUAUCCAACCGUACAAAAGUCUGAUGUGACAUCAUCAGUAGGUUUUCCCUCCAGUAGGAUGUGGCCACGCCCCCGCUAGGCGGCAGCACUGUUACGGGCCAUUCCCAUCUGUACCGGGUCGGCCCGGGCCGGGUAGCCCUGUCGGCCCCAGCCUGGCCCGGUUGAUUCCACACAUCCUUGUCUUAAGCCCAUGUGGGCUGAUUCUACCCACCAAUCAGAGGCUUGCUCUAAUGGAAGGUGUGAAUUUGCUGUCAGCAGUGGGCGUGUUGGCCCUGGUCGGCCUGAAGCAGACCCCCUCGAGAAGAGGGCUGAGAAUGAGCCUUGGUUGGCCCGGAAAAAUACCAGGCCACUCAGAUAUGUAAACAACCUAUGCUACCCGGCCCGGGCCGACCCGGUACAGAUGGGAAUGGCCCAUUAGAUUUUGACUCGGAGUGAAGUAAAGUGCAGAGGCGGGACAAGAGAGCGACAGCGGCAUGAAUCUGACUCUGUGUGCGUUUAUAGGCAUGCGAGUGUCCGUGUGGGUUAGCGUUUCUGAGCUCUGUGGCUCAAAGCACCAGGACCUCACAGACCCAGACGCCUGCAGCUCCAGGAUGGAAUCCGAGUGUGUUUCUGGAGCUGCAGGACUAACAAACUCAUCUCCUCCUCACAGCACUUACAUCCAUCCCUUCUCAUGACCAUCAUUAGAGGGACGUGUGCUAGCAGCACCUCCACAGAAAGCUGCACUCUUCCAUCUUUACGUCUGAACUAAACAGAGCCGACGGUUUGGGGUCGCAGCUGCCGAAAGAGCUGGAUGCUGUGGUGCUGUCUGUGGGAACCGCUGUGAUGUAACACAGCGUUCAUCCAUCCGGAGGCUCUGAGGUGAGCGAGACGGACCUCUCGCCUGAACGGGAAUUCUUAAGUGUCCCUGCCAUCAGAGGCGUGUUCUGCUGCUUGCAUAACUCUCUCCAGCCCGGAGAACCCGAAGGAAACGUGUCAUCACUUAGAGGGUUCCUUCUGGAUGAGGGGGUGAUUGCCAUUUCCCUCACUCGUCCCUUUCGGAGUCGUCCUUUUAACUCUCUCACUUUUCUUCUUUCCUGCUCGGCACCAAAGGGGAUUUUUAUUCCACAACAACGCAGUCAUUAAAUUCCCACGCUCAGUGACAACAGCUCUUCUGGUAGCAGCAUGAUGAAAGGAAAUGGUGUGUGUGUGUGUGUGUGUGGGGGGGGGGGGGGGUGCUGUGAAUGUGAUCUUCAUGAAAGCUGAAGGAUUGAACCAAAACGUGCGAGCUGUUGGGAAUAAAUUCACCACCACACACAGACACACGCAUACACACGCACACACACACACACACGCACGCACACACACACACACACACACACACACACACACACACACACACACACACACACACACACACCUUCACCAGUGAUCCCUUCCACCUCGAUCACCACUUCCUUGAACUUCUGCCAUCAGCUGUGCUACAAAGCUUCAUAAGCUAGAACCAGACAGAUGGGCUGCGUCUUUCACAGCAAUCAGGACAAUAAACGAACUAAAUAGAGCAAAGAAAUCAGUGCAAUAAAUCUAUUUUUACUUGAUAAAUACUGCUGCUGAAAUAAAGCUAUCUGUACAUUACUGCAUCCAGUAAAGGUGUUGGUGCCGGAGCCGUGAGGCUGCAAGCUCGAUCUUCUGCCCGAAGGGGGUCCAUCAUCGCGUUCGCUUUCUGCCUCUGCUGGAUUACAUUUCCAAAGUAAGAGAGCAGAUCUAGCGUCUUCACGGGCGCUCUGAAAAUCCAGAAUUAGUUAAGACUCUUAAAGACUUUUCAAACUUUUGGCGUCUCCUGCCUCUGGCAUGCAGCAGCUCCAUAAUGAAAAGAUGCGGAAAACGAGUUCACGCUCCAAGAACCUGAAUCAGGCUAAAAUUUUACUAUAAUUUCACUGAAUUUGCUGAAUCUAACAGAUUAUAAUCUGAAUUUGAGCGUGUGUUGAGUGCAUUUGGAUGACAAACGGAACUGAAACCGAGGUGAAUUGAACAUUGGCGUCAGAGAAGCAGCUUGUUGGAUUUUAACCCCAACCCUAAUUAAACAGUAAUAAUCUGCUAAUAACGGGGUUAUGAAAACAUUUAAGACUUCUAAGAUGCUCUGGAGGAAAGUGCGUUUGAUGUGGUGAUUUUGAUCAUAUUGGUUCUGAUUUUAUCAACAUGUCUGUUGUGAUUUAUCUUCUCAACACGAACUAUUGUAAAACAACCAAACCACGGUGUUGCCAUGGAAACGGCGUGGGUGUCUCUGUGUAUGUUUAGUGAUCACGCGAUGCUCCUGAGCCAACGUGACCCAAGUUUCUUUUGGUUUUACGCAAGCACGUUUGCAGCCACCGUGGUGGAACUCACUGGAACGUGUGUGCAAACAUCAUGACAUCUACUGCUUCCGUGAACAUUACCCAUGCGCCACACGAGGCAUCCACCGGCUGCACGUGCGAGGCGCGCGGUGUUUUGGAGUUGGAGGAGGCGCUUGCAUGGAUGAUGCGCACGAGCGCGAAUGAACAUCACCUGUAAGGAUUCUCUCUUCCAGUUAAACAGCUGCGUUAAUGUGCUGGAUUCACUGCUUGGCUCGUACUGUGACAGGAAAGCCUUGUUAGGACAUUUCAGCACUGGACAGCUCAUCGGCGCGCGCGCAUCUGGCAUGUGGCAAGCAGCGUGAGUCGCAGCAGGUAGCGGGCAGGACCGGAGAGCAUGGCGCAGCAUCCUCUCCUCCGUCGCCGCUGACACCGUGGCGCGAGAGAUGAGCAUCCCGGAGUUCCUCUCGGAGGUGUCCAUAGUGGUCUCAGCUGUCGUCUCGUGCGUGACCAACCUGUCGGUGCUGUUAUGCUUCACCCAGAGCGCAGAGCUGAGGUCCCACGUCCCAGGAGUCUUCGUCCUGAACCUCUCCUUCUCCAACAUCCUCUUGGCUGUCAUCAACAUGCCCGCUACUUUCCUCGGAGUGAGGUGGAGCGCGAAGCCCUUCGGGGACCUGCUGUGCCGCGUCGUGAGCUUCUCUGAGACCUUCAUCACCUCCAACGCCAUGCUGAGCAUGGCCGCGCUCAGCAUGGACCGCUGGAUAGCGGUGGUGUUCCCUCUCAGGUACUCCAGCAAGAUGCGCCACAGGGACGCGCUUCUAAUCGUCGCGUACUCCUGGCUCCAGUCCUUCACCUUUUCUCUGACCCAGCUGAUGAUGGACUGGGGCGCGUACAGCCACACGUACGCCUCGUGCACGGUCCACCUAGACGCGGAGGGGGAGUCGCAGCAGGGAGCCUACGUGACCUUCACGGUUCUGUUCCACUGCAGCAGCUUUGCGCUCUGCCUCCUCGUCCUCUGCUUCGCCUACCUGAAGGUUCUGAGAGUGGCCAGGUCCCACUGCAAGAGGAUCGAUGUCAUCACGGUGCAGACGCUGCUUCUGCUGGUGGAUCUCCACCCCAGUGUGAAGGAGAGGUGUCUGGCUCGACAGAAGAAGAGGCGACAGCGUGCUGCUAAGAAGAUUUCCAUCUUCAUCGGCUCCUUCAUCCUCUGCUUUUCACCGUACGUCAUCACCAGAUUGGUGGAGUUGCUUCCCUCUGUGCACAUCCCCCGACACUGGGGCAUCGCCACCAAGUGUCUGAUGUAUGCCAAGGCCUCCAGCGACCCGUUUGUCUACUGCCUCCUGCGACACCAGUACAGGAAGGUUCUGGUCAGCCUCAUCAGCCGGCUCGCUGGAAAAGAUCGCUACUUCCUGUCCGUCCACAGCACAAGCAGCAUGUGGGACACCACAGAGGAAAACUGCCCUGCUAGGAUAACCUGAGCUUGUGGUUCGAAUUCUUUUAGAACCUCAUCGGGAGGGUCAAAGGAUAGCUUUAGCACUGGGGGCGAGCUGCAGAAGGGAAGAGGUCAACGCCUUGCUGGGAGAGGUCACCUACACACAGAGCUGAAGGUGAAGCCUUCUGGUUCUUCUGGGAGGAGAGGACUCUGGUGAAUCUCUGAAGUGCCGUGAGGACCAAUUUGUCAGUUUCAGUGACAAAACGUUAAAACGCCAGAGCGAACGUUAACGCUUGUGUUAGCGGUCUAAAAAUGCAAAUAAGGAUGUGUGAAUAUGUUCUAUCACAAGGACUCUUUAAAUAUACGCCACUGAGUGAUGUUUGACACUAAAGCACCGUUACAUCCUGGAAAUAAACGAGCUCCAAAUAUG